UAUUCCAUUUUGUUGUCAUGAAGGCUAAUAAAUUGGUCGUUAAGUGUGGGAACUUUGCUGUUCUGGUGGAUCUUCAUGUUUUGCCUCAAGGCUCCAGUAAAGACACCAGCUGGUUUUCUGACCAUGAGAAAGAGGAAGUCUGCAUGUUACUUAAAGAAACUAUUGACUCAAGAGUGAAGCAACAUAUUGAAUCCCGCAAACAGCAAGGUCAGAUGAAGUGCAAAGAAUACACACAAACCAGUCCAUUGUUUUUGAAAGGAGACCAAAUACGUAUUGCAGCCUACUUCAUCAAAAGAUGGGUUAAUCUUCGUUGUGUUGUGAAGAAACAAUACCGUGAACUUCAUGUGUUUCCUGAUAGAUUUGUUGUGUGUGCAAGUCAGCUUGAACCUACACCCAGCAUGUUGCAUACUGAAAUUACUACACUUGAACCCUGCUUUGGAAAAUCUGGAUAUUUUGCUGAACAUCAAGAAAAGGAAUCAUUAAACAUGUUGAACGUUACGCCAAAAAAGCAAGCUGUACUUAAAAACAUAGUAAAAAAGACUAAAACUACGAAGGGCAGCAGUUCUAAAGCAGAAUUCAGUGGAGACAGAAGAGUGUCUCCUUGCCUUGGGCAGGCGGACUCUGACAAAGCAAACAAGGGGAAUAAACUCCAGGCUCUAACCACUGUGCAAUCUGAACAAAAUUGCAGGACUGGUGAACUAGCAAAGUAUUGCAAAUAUACUACAGAGAACAGCUUGGAGCUUCCUGUUCCAGAAGUGGAAAAUUAUGUUAAUCACAGUCAGCCAUGUGAAACUAGCAGCCAGCAAAAACCCCAACGCAGAGAGUGGUUAAAGGGACAGGACCUGAGCCAUGAUCUUUCCUGGAUCUGUGAGUCAGCAGCGCCACAGCAAAAACAACAUCACAGAACAAGUGUAACUCAACAAAAGAGAAGACGGCAUAGCUCUGAAGGGCAGCGUGUGUGCAAGAGAGCAGACUUAAGAGAUGAUACAUUUAUUCACCAAAAUGAAAGAGCAGAUGAAAAUGCUGAUAAUUUACCUUCAAAUUCAGUAGCUCACUCUUUUCAGAAUGUUUCUACAGACAAAUGUGGCACAUCCUUUAUUCAGACAGUAGAAAGUGCAGUUGAGGUAGACACAAUUUUAGCACCAUGUAUUAAUAAUAAAAACCUAGACAUGGUAUCAUCGCUCACAGAACCUGAAGAAAACAGAAAAUUAGAAAACCAAGCCAAAAAGUUAAAACUACAGCGGUUAAAAAAAAUACCCUAAUUUAGAAAAUGUUUUAAUUCAUAGGGGCCAAUUUACUAAAGUGCGGACGGAUUCUGGUGAACUGCUUGUGUAAUGCUGCCCCCUGCAGGGGGUGUUAAUCAGCCCGAUCGUAUAGGAUCGGGCGGAUUGAAGACCGCAGCCUCAGAGGCAGCAGACAAGUUAUGGAGCAGCAAUCUUUAGACCGCUGCUUCAUAACUACUGUUUCCGGCGAGCCUGAAGGCUCGCGCAGAAACAGGGGCAUCAAGCUCCAUUCGGAGCUUGAUAAUUCGGCCCCAUAAAGUGUAAGAAUAGGGAUAUAUUUUAAUUCAAAAGGGAGAUAACAUUUUUCUGUGUUAAAAGGGGCAUGGGACGAGCAACCUUUCAGUUGUACAUUUAAGACAAUGUAAAGAAAAACAAUUCUGCAGAAAAUAAAUUAUUAGCAAUAUGAAGGUUGCAGAAUCCAGUUAUCAUACUGCAGCACAAACAUAUCUUUAAUUUAGGCUUGGGUUCUCUUUUUCAUCACAAGCAAUAACUUGGAACAUCUCCUAUAUAGAUAUCUAUUCUGUGACACAGAGGGACGGUUGCUUAGGGGAUUGUCUGUGUUGCAAAAGAAACGUAUGUCCUGUUUUGUUUUGUUAGAUGCAGAUGGCUUAUUUUCUUUCAAAACAUUGCCCUAUCACUGGCAGCCCAAUAGUUAAAAUCUGUUCCUUAACAUUCACAGUAGAACAUUUUCACUGUCAACUUCCAUUUAUCAUAUGUGACAUGUCUGAAAAUGAAGCUGAGUUUACAAUCUAGUUUAGGGCUACUCUCUUCCUAAUCUGGUUUCCGUAGUUAUAACAAAAGUCCAAAAAAGUUCAAACAGUUAAACUCAUUUAUUGCAAAUAUCUCGCCCUUGAGAAUUUCCUUCCAUUUUAGUGUAUUAUUCUUUUUUAUUAUUUUUUUUUUUUUUAAAUCUGCUAGAAUCUGACCUUCCAAAGAUAAACUCUUAUAUGUUUUUGUGCUGUAGUGAAAGUUAUGUGGCCUAAUGUAUUAGCAGCCAUUUUGGCCUUAGACUGAAGGUUAUACUGUAUAUAUUGUCUGUUGUUGCUAUUAUAGUUUUAUAAUUGCUUUUCAUUCUCGGGAAUGUUAUAUAUGUUAACAAAUUUUGAAUAUUGUUCAUAUCACAUUUUAUUCAAUAAACUUAUAUAUUUUGUA